UACCUCUUAGCGCUGCUGCUGCUGCUGCUGCUGCUGUGUAUCUCACCGUGUCGCCCCUCCGCUGCUUCUCCGGAUCAUGGAGCUCGCGACGCGCUGCUUGUUGCUGCUCGCGAGCCUCGGCGCGGUUUCCACGGCCACCGACUGGGACGCGGUGGCGGAUCCGAGCUACUACGACGAAGCGAUGAUGAGUUCUCCAGAAGCGAUCGACUACAAAGACCCGUGCAAAGCCGUCGCCUAUCUGGGGGACAUAGCGCUGGACGAAGAGGACAUGCGCAUGUUUAAAGUGGACCGCAUCGUGGAUGCCGUCCAGAAAACGGUGAUCAACCUCAAUCGCACUGACACGGCAGAGACUAGCCCAAACACUGGCAGGUCCAAUCAGCAGGUGGCGUCACGGCGCAGGAAGCGGGCCGCGACAUCCCGCCCUGAGAGGGUGUGGCCCGAAGGUGUCAUCCCUUACGUUAUAAGCGGCAACUUUAGUGGUAGUCAAAGGGCCAUCUUCAGGCAGGCUAUGAGACACUGGGAGAAACACACGUGUGUGACGUUUAUUGAGAGAACCACAGAGGACAGCUACAUCGUCUUCACCUACCGGCCGUGUGGGUGUUGUUCGUAUGUGGGCCGUAGGGGAGGAGGACCUCAGGCCAUUUCCAUUGGCAAAAAUUGUGACAAGUUUGGAAUCGUGGUGCAUGAGCUCGGGCAUGUGAUCGGAUUCUGGCACGAGCACACGCGGCCGGACCGAGACGACCACGUCAGCAUUAUACGGGACAACAUCCAGCCUGGACAGGAGUACAACUUCUUGAAGAUGGAGCCCGGUGAAGUGGACUCGCUAGGGGAAGUCUAUGACUUUGACAGCAUCAUGCACUAUGCCAGAAAUACAUUUUCCAGGGGGAUUUUCUUGGACACCAUCCUACCACGAUACGACAUAAACGGCGUCCGUCCCCCCAUCGGCCAGAGAACCAGGCUGAGCAAAGGAGACAUCGCUCAGGCACGCAAACUUUACAAGUGUCCAAGAUGUGGAGACAGUCUGCAGGACAGCAGUGGGAACUUCUCCUCUCCUGGGUUCCCCAACGGCUACUCGGCGUACAUGCACUGCAUCUGGAGAAUCUCAGUCACGCCAGGCGAAAAGAUCAUUCUCAAUUUCACGUCCAUGGAUCUAUAUCGGAGUCAUCUGUGCUGGUAUGAUCACGUGGAGAUCAGAGAUGGAUACUGGAGGAAAGCCCCACUCAAAGGUCGAUUCUGCGGAGACAAGCUUCCCGAGCCGAUCAUUUCAACAGACAGUCGUUUGUGGAUCGAGUUCAGGAGCAGCAGUAACUGGGUGGGCAAAGGCUUCUCAGCUGUGUACGAAGCUAUCUGUGGUGGUGAAGUGAAGAAGGAUAAUGGGCAGAUCCAGUCUCCUAACUACCCAGACGACUACAGACCCAAUAAAGUCUGUGUGUGGAAGAUCACUGUUGCUCAGGGCUACCAUGUAGGCCUCACCUUCCAGUCCUUUGAAAUCGAGAGGCAUGACAGCUGUGCUUAUGACUAUCUAGAAGUCCGUGAUGGGAACUCGGAAAACAGCCCGCUGCUGGGCCGCUUCUGUGGCUACGACAAGCCAGAUGACAUCAAGAGCAGCUCUAACCAGCUGUGGAUGAAGUUUGUGUCCGAUGGCUCAGUCAACAAAGCCGGAUUCGCCGCCAACUUCUUCAAAGAAAUGGACGAAUGUUCGAGACCGGACAACGGUCGCUGUGAGCAACGCUGUGUAAACACAUUAGGCAGUUAUAAGUGUGCUUGUGAUCCAGGCUUCGAGCUGGCCGCAGACAAACGAAGCUGCGAGGCUGCAUGCGGUGGCUUCAUCACCAAGCUGAACGGCUCCAUCACCAGUCCCGGCUGGCCGCGCGAGUACCCGCCAAACAAGAACUGUGUCUGGCAGCUGGUGGCCCCCACGCAGUACCGCAUCACACUGCUCUUCGACGUCUUCGAGACCGAGGGCAACGAUGUGUGCAAAUACGACUUCGUAGAGGUCAGAAGUGGACUUUCUGCAGACUCCAGGCUACACGGCAAGUUCUGCGGAGCCGAGAAGCCGGAGACCAUCACGUCUCAGUACAACAACAUGCGCAUCGAGUUCAAAUCGGACAACACGGUCUCCAAGAAGGGCUUCAAGGCCCAGUUCUUUUCAGAUAAGGACGAGUGCUCGAAGGAGAACGGUGGCUGCCAGCACGAGUGUGUGAACACUUUCGGUAGCUACAGCUGCCAGUGCAGGAGUGGCUUUGUCCUGCAUGAAAAUAAACACGACUGCAAGGAAGCCGGCUGUGAUCACACGGUGAACAGUGUGAGUGGAACCAUCACCAGUCCCAACUGGCCUGAUAAAUAUCCCAGUAAGAAAGCGUGCACAUGGGCUCUAUCAACCACACCGGGACAUCGCAUCAAAAUCGCUUUCAAUGAAAUCGACAUGGAGCCUCAUUUAGAGUGUGCGUACGACCACAUCGAGAUCUAUGACGGACGCGAUGGGAAGGCGCCCAGCCUGGGACGGUACUGCGGCUCCAAGAAGCCUCCUCCGGUCACAUCGAGCGGGAACAAAAUGUUCAUCCGUUUCUUCUCUGACAACUCCGUACAGAAGAAAGGAUUCGAGGCCUCGCAUACUGCAGAGUGCGGAGGGCAGUUGAAAGCUGAGGUGAAAACCAAAGACCUCUACUCACACGCCCAGUUUGGAGACAACAACUACCCGGGCGCAUCAGAUUGCCAGUGGGUGAUCUCAGCUGAGAAGGGGUAUGGUGUCGAGCUCAUCUUCCAGACGUUUGAGAUCGAAGAAGAAGCCGACUGUGGUUACGACUACAUGGAGUUGUUUGACGGAGCCGAAACCAAGGCCACAAGGCUCGGCCGCUACUGCGGAUCAGGGCCUCCCGAGGAGAUCUACUCGGCCGGCGACUCCAUCGUCAUUAAGUUCCGAUCAGAUGACACCAUCAACAAGAAGGGCUUCCACGUGCGUUACACCAGCACCAAGUUCCAGGACACUCUGCACUCACGGAAGAAGUGACCCCUAGUGGCCGGGAGGGGCCACGCAGGGCCCAGGGGGAGGAGUCGAGGCGCCAGGCGGAGGGCGCAACCCGUCGCUCGGAGCCCCCCGGCCGCCAAUGCCAGCCGCAAGAACGAUGCCAACCGCACCUCAGUAGCUCGCAGGGGCUCUGGCGCCCCCUACUGACUGUGAGGAGUAAAGCCAUUCCGCAGUAGACCUUGUUUUUACCUUUUUUAUGAUUAAUGAUUUGGUUGGAGUUUGGGGUAGGAAGAGGGGACUAUAUUUGGAUUAGAGGAAUAUUUGGGAUGUAAGUGGAUCAUGGAUGGGGCAUGAAUGGAUUCUUCUUCUUUUUUUUUUUUUUUUUAAAUGAGCCGAAAUGCAAUUUCAACACACACACACAUACACACACUGAGGGCCUGCAGGAUCGCAAGCAGGAUGAUUCAGGUCUCAUCGAGCCAGAGAGCAACACCACAAAUGGAGAAAGAACGGAUUGAUGACUGGAAGAAUUAAAGGGUGGAUCAGUGUGUUUUUUGUUGUUUUUUUCUUCCCAGGGCAUUAUGGGAAACCUCCAUCUUUUUCACACACACAGUUGUUCCCAGCUAGUCUGAAAUCCACUACUUGAGUUACUGACACUGUUUGUCAGACAGAUGCAUGUAACAACAGGAAGAAAAAUAGCAAACUGGGCUUUUUACGUGACUGCAUAAGCCUUUGUAAUUUUUUUCCCUGGCUAGCCAUCCAGGAAGCUUCCUUCCAUUUUAGCAUUACUGAGGAAAGUAAAAAAAAACAAAAAAAAAACAAAAAACAUAUGAAAAAAGAAAAGUCACAGUUAUCAUAUUAAAAUAUAAUAAAUGAAAUGUGGCCCAUGUCUGAUGGCUGAUUGCUUUUUCAUAAAAAAAAAAAAAUUGCAAAAAUGUGAUUAUUUUGACCUUAAAUACACCUUUUUAGGCUUCUGUUAAUGUCUCUCUGUCCCCAAGUCAUUUAUUAGGCUGUGGGUUCUUUUUAAUAUCAAGAGCAAUUUCUAUUCUUCAAAUGAGAUGCAGUGCAAAUAAUUUAUUUCAGCUGUUUAAAUUACAUGGUACUCACGUCUCUCUCUCUCUCUUUCUAUGUUUAACAUUACAUGCUUGUCCAUGUUUUUUUACCCUCGAAAAUAUUGUGUACUCUUUCUUGUAAAGCCUUAGUGCUUCACAUUAACCUACUCAAUUUGCCUGUUCUGUAAUUUCCAACAUCUUUUUUAAAAAAUAUUUAAUUCACUAGUAUGUAACACGCAGUUUAACGUACCCCCCGAACAACCUUAUGUUUUUUUAGCAGCUAACUCCUCUAGGAUGUCUUUUCUGAUUGUUGUGAAUGAAUUAGCACCAUGCUAAACUCGCUUGUUUUCCUUUUAAAAUUCUCAGUGCUUCUGUAAAAUACUGAUCUGGCGAAUAUUAUGUAUGAGCUAAGAAGUAGAAAAUGACACAGUAAAUGUUAGCUACAGAACACGCGUGCUAAACCAGCCUGCUAGCUAAAUUUGCUAAUGUUUCUGAUUAUAUUUUUGACCUUGUAACUGAAGUUACUGAAACCAGAUCUCACUCUUGUCAAAUGCAAGCUAGUUUUAUGCCAGUUAAAUAGCUAGCUUAGUACUUUAGCUAAUGUUACUGAUAUUUCUUGUCAGGUUCUUUUCUGUUAAAUAAAUCUGUGAGAAUAUAACCAUGUGAAUCAUCUUGAUCAUACGCAAACUUGAUCAUAUUCAUUUGUCUACCUGAGACAAAUGUAAGCUAGCUGUCUAACUCUGACCAGCUAGAUAACAUAGCCAAUUUCACAGAUAUAUUUUGGUGUAUUUGGCUAUUGUUUAGUCUCAGAUAUUGAAACUUGAUCUCGCUUUUCUCUACCUGAGGCAAAUGCUAGCUUUCUAGUGAUACCCAGCAAGCUAAAUCUUGAUAAUGUUAUUGAUCUGACAAUGUAAAUGAAGAUACUGAAACUUGUUAUUACUUGUGUCUACCUGAGGUAAAUGUUUGCUAGUUUUCUAGAAGUUAACUAGCUGGCUAGCUAUAUUUAGUUAAUUUUCCUGACAUAUUUUUGCGGGUUAGCCAACGGUUAUAUCAGUGAGAAUUUGACUAUGUAAAUCAAGAUCCAGAUACUGAAACUUGACCUCACACAUGUGUCUUCCUGUGCUAUUUAUCUAGCUAUUAACUAGCCAGCUAGAUAACUUAUCUAUCCUUGCUAAAAUACAUUAUUGAGUAUAUUAUGAUGUAAAUCAAGACUCAAACUUCAUCUCACUGGUGUGUCUACCUUAGACAAAUGUGAGCUAGUUUUCUAGCAGCAUUAACUAGCCAUCUGUGUAACUCGGUUUACAAUACUCAUGUAUUUUAGAAGGUUUGCUUCCUGUAUCUUGUAAACAAAUAUUUUUUGAGCAUGAUAUUGUGGACACUGAAACCUGAUAUCAUUCUAUUUGAGGCAAAGGUGAACUAAUUUUCUUAUUAGCCAGUUAGCAGGAGGACAUGAAGACUAGAGGUUUAGUGAUGUUCUACACCAUUUUAGCUGUUUUUUUUUUUUUUUUUUUAGCUAUAAAGCUGUUUGGGGGUACUUUAAAUGGAUAAUGGAAAGCUGAGCUGGAUUCAGAUAGACUGUUCGAGCAUACAUAGUGUGAAACAGAUUAACUGAUGUGAGUUAAGGUGCAGAUAGAAGUUUUGCCUCCUCAGUUUUUGCCGCCUCAAACAUUUUUUUUGUUUGUUUGUUUGUUUUUUGUGGUAUACCUCAGGCCUCAGCUAUUAUUAUUAUUAUUAUUAUUAUUAUUAUUAUUAUUAUUAUUAUUAUUAUUACUGGUCUAGACCCAGCUUUGUCCAACAACUAACAUAUAUCAACUUGGACCACCGUAGUACCUCAGUGAAGAAGAGCAAUGCUGAGUGGUGCUUCUGCAAAAAUGAGCCUAAUCAGUUUUGUGGACAUGGUUUGCAUAUAUUCACAGUACAGUCAUUAGUUCAUGUAUUGACCUUUAAAAGUAUUAUAGGCUAUCUAGCUCAGUUUCUCAUGAUUUAUAUGGUUCUAAGGCACAAAAAGCAGCAUGUUGAGAUGUUACUGAGGGCGGUUGUUAAGCAGUUUAAGACUUAGACCUCGUUGCUUCCCUGCUUUGCAGUAUUGAUUCACAUGUCAAGCAGUUGCUACAAAAUGUAGCUCGCCAUCCUCCAGUAAUGGUACAGGUGUACCAACUGUUCUUUCCUUUUCUCACUCAUUCCAAUCUUGUGUUUUCCAGUCAUCCAAUCGCGAUGCAAUUUGUCCAAGCCUUUUCAGGGGCAGAAGCUGAUUACAAGGCCUGUCAGGCUGGUGAAGGUGUGUGUGCACUUGUGUGUGUUAGAAGGUACACAGACCUUGCCUAAUUGGUCUGGAGCGUGCCAGCCGGAGACCGAGCCUCUCUCUGAAUUAUUUACCAACCAGCCACCUUUUUUGUUUUGUUUUUUUUGUCCCCCCCCCUCCUCCUCCUCCUCCAGAAAUCCUUUAGAAGGCACCUGGCAAAUGUACUUUCAACUCAUGCUAUGAUCGUAUUUACUUUCUGUGUGUGUCACAUUUCUUUCACAACUUUGAGUCUCAGGUUCAGGCUUUAUUCUUCCUUGGGACCUGCUUGAUUCCAUUUACUUGACUGUCAACCUUUAGGUGCAAACUGGUAUAUGGGUUAAGGGGGUGAACAGCUUUUCAAAAGAAAAGUCAUGCAGUAUGAAUAGCAAUGUCAAAAAGGAAAUUGAAUAAAAAGUGCUAUUUCCCUCACCUUGUAUACAGACACUUCUGAUCCCUGCUUUUAUACCGAUGCAAUGUUUUGUUCCCUGAACGUCAAGCACCAGUGUGAUGCUCACUGACUUACCAAAUCUGUUGAAGUUUUCACAGUGAUGCGUUUGUAUUAAAUGUUUUAUUCUUAGCCUUAGCGUUUUGGUUUCAGUGGUGGAAUACUUCUGCUAACUUCUGCCCACUGUAACAUUGUGGCUUCCGUAGAAUUUAUAAUUGAACAGAAAUAGUGUUUCUAAUGUCUCUUGAUUUGUAGAUAAUUAGAUUCAUAAUCUGAUGAAAACAAUUGUGUUGUAGCGGGUAUUUUAAUCCAAUGUGGACGAAUAAGCUCCAUGGCUCAGAUCUGUCUACUUUAACACCUGUACAGUUGAUCUAGUUGCCCUGAUUGAUCAACAUCACUUUAUAGAAUAUGGAAUAUGUUUAUGCCUUUCAUUACAUGUAUGUAUGUAAAUAUGUUUGAUUGUUGUAUUCCGAAUACACUAAACCAUAAUAACCUGUUGAGAAAAAAAGGCUUUGUGUAAUUGCACACACACAAUGCAAUUUAUUUAUAUUGUAUAGCUGAUUAUGGCUUAUGUAUUUGCACAUAGUAUUAACAAGUGCAUCUAUUUCAUAAAGUGUUAUUUUCAUUUCA